GUAGACAAACAGCUGACGUCGACGUUGCUUUUUCACACUUUUUUUUGCCGCUAUGAAAUUACAACUAUAAAAAGUUCUUUACAUUUUCUCAGAAAAACACACAGGCAACGCGAAGCAGCAGGAACAACCACUUAAGACCGAUGACCGAGGCAGCAGGAGCAGCCAACCCAAGAGGCGCUGCCGGAGACCCAGGCACGUACGGCGAGGAAAUGCGUCCGUUGGCCGGCGGAGGAAAGGAGCCGUCCAAGCUGGACGACCUGGUACAGUAUGUGAGCCUCCAUGUGCGGAUCCCCACGCCGUUGACCGGAGUGGUGCUGCCCUUCGUGCCACUCUACCUAGCCGCCUUCUACCUGUGGAUCCACGUGAUUGGCGGCGAGGAAACUGGAACGGCCAAAGUCGAGCUGACAUCCGUCGAAAACCAGACAACCACGGAUAAUUCCACUACUUGGAAUGACGUGGGCUUUAUCGCUGUGCUAGCCAUCGCCUUUCUGCACAUCCUCACGCUGCUCUUUUGCUACUGGAGCGUCCAUGUACUGGCCUUCCUCACCUGCCGCCGGGUGAAGCUGCCCGGCGCCAAUGUGCUGGCCAAAGUGGUGCCCACCGCCAACAACGGCAACUCCAAGAUCGUGCCCGUACGCUCCUCCAAGCUGGAGGACGGCUCCACCCAGUAUUUCUUGGUUUUUCAAAAGACGAAGUACGUUUGGAAUGAGGAUCGGAAGACGUUCCGCGCCGUCGAAUUCCCGGUAAAUGGACUGCUGAGCAGCUACUCCUCGUCCAGAGGUUUGGAAACGGAGGAGGCCAUCAAGCGGGCCACGCUGACCUACGGCAACAACGAAAUGGAAAUGGUGGUUCCGGAAUUUCAUGAACUGUUCAUAGAACGCGCCACGGCCCCGUUCUUCGUGUUCCAGGUGUUCUCCGUGGGACUGUGGUGCAUGGACGACUACUGGUACUACUCCCUGUUCACUCUAUUCAUGCUGGUCGCCUUCGAGUGCACCAUUGUCAAGCAGCAGCUGCGGAAUAUGUCCGAGAUCCGGAAGAUGGGAAAUAAGCCGUACCUGAUAUACGCCUUCCGGCAGAACAAGUGGCGUCACAUCGGUUCCGAUGAGCUGCUGCCCGGUGAUUUGGUGUCGGUAACGCGCUCCCAGAAUGACAACAUCGUGCCCUGUGAUCUGGUCAUCCUUCGAGGUUCCUGCAUCGUGGACGAAUCCAUGCUUACUGGCGAAUCGGUCCCUCUGAUGAAGGAGUCGUUGGAAUCACUGGACAAUUUGAACGUAGAAAUGGACGCUGAGGGAGAUGGCAAGCUCUUUGUUUUGUUUGGUGGCACUAAAGUAGUCCAGCACACCGCCCCCACGAAAGAAUCGCUUCGUGCUCCUGAUGGCGGCUGCAUUGGCUAUGUGAUUCGCACGGGUUUCAACACGUCGCAGGGCAAGCUUCUGCGAACGAUCUUGUUUGGCGCAAAUCGAGCUACCGAAAACAACGUCGAGACAUUUGCUUUUAUCGCCUUCCUGAUGGUCUUUGCUGUGGCCGCCGCAUCUUAUGUGUGGGUAAAGGGCAGUGAGGAUCCGGAGCGCAAUCGCUAUAAGCUUUUCCUGGAAUGUACGCUUAUCUUGACGUCCAUCAUCCCGCCGGAUCUACCCAUUGAGUUAACCUUGGCAGUAAACACUUCUCUGAUCCAGCUUACCAAGUUUUUUGUGUUCUGCACAGAACCAUUCAGGAUUCCCUUCGCCGGAAAAGUACAAAUCUGCUGCUUCGACAAGACGGGAACUCUGACCACUGAUAAUCUCAUGGUAGAGGGAAUUGCCGGACUAGCUCCCAACGGAGCUUGUGUGCCCAUUGAAGAGGCGGAAGGAAGCACGGUUCAGGUGCUCGCCUGCUGUCAUUCACUGGCCCUGCUGGAUGAUGGAUUAGUAGGAGAUCCACUGGAGAAAGCAACCCUAUCGGCUGUGGAUUGGACGCUAACCAAGAUGGACAGCGUCAUCCCGAAGCGUCCGCAGUUCAAGCCGCUGAAAAUCAUCCAACGCUACCACUUUUCAUCGGCGCUUAAGCGUAUGUCCGUGCUAGCUGGCUAUCUUAUGCCCUACUCCAAUGAGGUGCAACACAUAGGAGCGGUAAAGGGAGCUCCUGAGGUUAUUCAAAAGAUGCUGAGCAAAGUGCCCUCGGACUACGAGAAGGUUUAUUUGGAGUACGCUCGUCGCGGGGCCCGCGUCCUGGCUCUGGGCAUUAAGGAGCUCGGAUCACUGGGAUCUCAAAAAAUUCGGGAAUUGAAACGCGAGGAAGUCGAGUGCGGCCUGACCUUCGCUGGAUUCGUGAUAAUUUCCUGUCCUAUGAAGCCCGAUUCGAAAUCGGUGAUCAAGGAGCUCAUUCAAUCCUCUCACAAGGUGGUGAUGAUCACGGGCGAUAGUCCGCUUACCGCCUGCCAUGUGGCCCGAGAACUCCGCUUCACCCGCAAGAAGCUGCUCAUCCUGACCCCACCUGACCAGGAAAAUGGAGACAGCUAUAGUUGGGUAUCCAUUGACGGGGAUCAAACAUACGAGCUGGAUGUUACGAGUGAUAGCAAGGGCAUCUCCCUUUUACUGAGCUCGCAUGACCUCUGUAUCACCGGUGAGGGGCUGCGGCAUCUGCAGCAGAAUCAUCAGCAAUACAUGCGCCAUCUGUUGCCACAGAUAACAGUCUGUGCCCGCUUCGCACCCAAGCAGAAAGAGUUCGUGAUCACACAGCUUAAGCAGCUGGGCUACUGCACUUUAAUGUGUGGUGAUGGCACCAACGAUGUGGGAGCCCUGAAGCACGCCAACGUGGGCGUCUCCUUGCUGACCAGUGCGCCAGUGAAGCGUAAGCGCACCGAGGAGGAGCAGCAGCAGGCGACGGCGGCGGCCAAUGCGGCUGCUGCAGCAGCUCAGGCAGCAGCCAAUGCCAACCAACAGUUGACGCCAAGAGAGCGCGCACUGCGUCGGCGACAGGAACAUAUCAACCAGACACAAGCUCGCCUGCAGAAUGCGAUGCGGGACUUGGAGGAGCAAACUAUGGUCAAGUUGGGUGACGCCUCCAUUGCGGCGCCAUUCACCAGCAAGUCAUCCUCGAUCAUGUGCGUUAACCACAUCAUUAAGCAGGGUCGCUGUACGCUGGUAACCACACUCCAGAUGUUCAAGAUCCUCGCCCUCAACGCCCUUAUUCAGGCAUACUGCCAGUCCGUACUUUACAUCGAUGGCAUCAAGUUUAGCGAUACCCAAGCUACCAUGCAGGGCAUCUUCAUUGCCGCCUGCUUUCUCUUCAUAACACGAGCUAAGCCACUGAAAACUCUGUCCAAGGUGGCUCCACUGCCAAACAUCUUCAAUUUUUACACGAUUUCGACUAUUCUCAGCCAGUUUGCUGUGCAUUUUGGAACUCUCUACUACCUUACCAGCCAGGCCAAUAUCUUGGCACCACCCAGAGUGGGCAAAGUGAAGUUGUACAUUGACAUGGAUGCUGAGGAGAAGACUAAAUACGACCCAAACAUUGUAAGCAGCACGGUUUAUAUAAUUUGUUUAUCACUGCAAGUGGCCACCAUUGCAGUCAAUUAUAAGGGCCAUCCAUUUAUGGAGAGCUUACGCUCCAAUCGCAUGCUGAUGUAUGCCAUCGGAGCAUCAGCGACAUUGGUGAUUCUUCUGUCCACGGGCCUGGCGCCCGAACUAACGGAAUUCUUUGAGAUAAUUCAUUUCCCAACGGAGUUCCGCACAACGUUGCUCGGUGUCCUGGUCCUUGAUAUUGUAGGGGCCUUCCUUUUGGACCGCAUUUGCUCAUUCCUCUUCGGGGAAACGCGUCGCAAAUCCAAAGUGCUGAACUGUUAGGACCAUUUAAUACUAAGUACUAGAAAAGGAGACCAUUCAAAAACCCAACGUUCCAAAAGAUAGAUAAACCUUUUCAUUUAAUUUGUAUCCCCCUUUAUGGUAAACAACUUAACGUGUUUAAUGGCGUCGGUUUCUUAAAUGUUCAAAUUCCGCAUCACUGAAUCAACAUAAUGCAUUUAGAGUGCAUUACCGGGCAAAUGUAUUAUCGAGCAGCCUAUAUCAUUUUAAUUUGACAAAGCAACAACUUUCGAUAUCUUCGACUCCCGUAUAUGCGAAUAAUGAAAUUGUCGUAAUAUUUGUAAUGCUAAUAAAAAUAGAAAAGUUU